GGGACCUCUUCACUGUCCUCCCUGUCCUCGCCGUGCUCCCUGUCCUCACCGUGCUCCCUGUCCUCGCCGUGCUCCCUGUCCUCGCCGUCCUCCCUGUCCUCGCCGUCCUCCCUGUCCAGGUGCCAGCGUGUCCCCCCUACGGCGUCCUGGUCAUGGACAGCCUGGAGAAGCAGCUCGUGUGUCCCAUCUGUCUGGAGAUGUUCACCAAGCCCGUGGUCAUCCUGCCCUGCCAACACAACCUCUGCCGCAAGUGUGCCAACGACGUCUUCCAGGCGUCCAACCCCUACCUGUCCUCCAGGACCGGCUCCACCGUGGCGUCGGGGGGGGUCGUGUCCUCCGCUUGCUGUCCCAGUAAACCUGUCCCGGAGGAGAAGGGGGACCAGCCGAUGUGUGAGGACCAUGAGGAUGAGAAGAUCAACAUCUACUGUUUGUCCUGCAGUGUCCCCACAUGUUCCCUGUGCAAAGUGUUUGGAGCUCACAGGGACUGUGAGGUGGCGCCGCUGCAGGACGUCUUCACCUCGCAGAAGGCGGAGCUUAGUGACUCUGUGUCCAUGCUGGUUGGAAACAAUGAGAGGAUUCAGGCCGUCAUCAGUCAGCUGGAGGAGACCUGCAGAGCUGUGGACGAGAGCGGGCGCAGGCAGAAGUCUCAGGUGUGUGCUUCAUUCGAUCACCUGUACGCGCUGAUGGAGGAGAGGAAGGCGGAGCUAACGCUGAGGAUCAACGCGGAGCAGGAGGAGAAGCUCCACUACAUCCGGGGUCUGAGGAGGAGGUCCACGGAGCACCUGGAGGCCUGCACCAGGCUCCUGGAGACCGCCUUCCAGACCAUGGACCAGGCUGAGAUGGCCCAGUUCCUGCAGGAGUCGAAACCUCUGCUGCAGAAGAUGCUGGAGGGAACCAACACGUCUCACCUGGAUCAGGUCCAGCCCGGCUACGAGAAGAUGGAGCACUUCACAGCUAGCUUUGAGAAACAGAGGAGAGCGCUAGCCAGCAUUGACUUCAUCCAAUUGGGUGAGGAUGAUGAGGAUGAUGAGGAAGAUGAAGGUGAGGUGGAGGUCAGAAGUAGAGCUCAGCAGGUGACACCUGCUCACUCAGCCCCGCCCCCACAGAGACCCCCAGAGACCCCGCCCACCCCGGCCCGGCUACACAGACCCAAACACCCCGCCCCCUUCACCUGCCCACCGCUGGCCUCCCCCCAGUCUGCCACUCCCACUCGUGGUACAUCACCCCAGUCUGAACAGGGGGAGGCGGAGGAUGGACCCAAACACGUCUUCUCCUUCAGUUGGCUCAACCAGAAGUGAAACCAGUUCAGAAUCCCAUUGGACUUUCUCCUGAUUUUAGUUUGUUCUUCAUUUCAUCGCUCGGUUUCUUCUGGUGACGGAUUGUUCCAGACGUCUGGAAGUUAAAAGGAAAAACUCUACGUUUAAAAAGGCAAAUGUGUUUCCUGCUAAAGUGUCAAAUAAAUCAUUGUUUUAUUAUGAA